AUGUCCACGUUGGCUAAAGCAUGUGGAACCGUUCAACAUCAAAACAUCAACACCUUCAACACCAUCAACACCAUCAACACCAUCAACACCAUCAACACCAUCAACACCAUCAACACCAUCAACACCAUCAACACCAUCAACACCAUCAACACCAUCAACACCAUCAACACCAUCAACACCAUCAACACCAUCAACACCAUCAAUACCAUCAGCACCAUCAACAACAUCAACACCAUCAACACGUCAACACAUCAGUACCAGUAUCAACACAUGACCAGUCUUUCCCGCUAUUCAUAA